AUGGUGUCCUCCGGUCUCUCAGACGAGUUCCCUCCCGGCUUGCCGCACCGGGAUAUGAGUGAAGUCGAACCUCAAAAAGACCAGCCACAUCCAGUAAAAUGGUACCGGUCAUCAAUGUUCAACAUUACCAUAGUCGGUCUCUGCAGUUUCUCCUGCCCUGGCAUCUGGUCCGCCAUGAACUCCCUCGGUGCAGGCGGAGCCGCUUCUCCUAAUCUCAUCAACGCCGCCAACGCCAUCACUUUCUGUCUCAUGGUACUCUCCAGCUACCUGUCCAGUGCGUUGAUGUACUUUAUUGGUGUCAGGGGUGCUUUGAUCUUUGGCUGCAUCGGCUACGCCCCCUUCGCCGCCGGCCUCUAUACCAACAACCGCUACGGCAACGAAUGGCUUGUCCUCCUCGGUGCCGCCCUCUGCGGUAUCUCGGCCGGCGUCUUCUGGGCCGCCGAAGCCUCCAUCGCCAUCGCCUACCCCGAGCCCUGGAACCGUGGCAAGGCUUUGGGCUACUGGCUCUCCUUCAAGCUAUUCGCUCAGAUGCUAGGCGGUGCCAUCAACCUCGGUCUCAACGCCAGCAACGACCAAGCCGGCCAGGUGUCUUAUACCGUGUUCUUAGUUUUCAUCGCCAUCCAAGCUACUGGCCCGUUUAUCGGCUUCCUGCUCAACAGUCCCGACAAGGUAGAACGCAAGGACGGCAAGAAGGUGGACUUGACGAUCACCCAGAAUCCAUGGUUGGAGAUUAAGGCUACCACCAAGCUCUUCUUCACCAAGAAGUUCCUUCUCCUUCUCCUCUGGAUCGGCAACGCCGUCUUCUCCGAGUCCGUCUUCUUCACCUACUUGGCCAUGUGGUUCUCUGUCCGUUCGCGGGCUCUGGGGUCGUUGAUGUCGGGCAUUGUUCCCGUUAUUGGCGGAAAUAUUCUGGGGUACUGGUUGGAUCGGGAUAGCAUCUCGUUGAAGAUCAGAAGCAGAGUGGCGUUCUGGACGCUGGUGAUCAUCCAGGGCGCGUGGUGGACGUGGGCGACGGUGUUGGUGACGAGGUUCAAGGAGACGAAGCCGACUUUUGAUUGGACGACGCCUGGGUUUGGAGCGGCUUUUGGAGUGUUUGUGUUUCUGGCCAUGGGCUUUCAACUCAACUAUUUGUUUUUGUACUUCAUCGUUCACAACAUCGCCGAGAGCGAUGAGGAGAUUAUCCGCUAUGCUGCCCUCAUCCGCGGUACUGAGUCCGCUUGGGAGGCUCUCAGCUACGGACUGGAGUCUUUGACUUUGUUCACUGAGGCUGGCGGUGUGUACAUGAGCUUUGCCAUCUGGGCAGUGGCCAUCUACCCUGCUUGGCAUCUGCUCAGACACUUCGGCGUUCAUAGGCCUUUGGUUGGAGACGAAUCAUAUCCGGCGAUUAUUGACCGAAUGAAUGAGAAGGGCGUCAUUAGCUCGAAAACAAGUUCGGGUGAUGAGGCAGGUAAUGAAAAGACGGUAAAGGCUUGA